AAAUGGCAAGGGCACCAUGGGGUCUGUAGACAUCCAGGCAGCUGUGGUGGAGGAGAAAGGGCCUCUCCAACAUGACAUCCGCCUGCUGCGUCACCAGCAACUUGCAAGCCUCUCUCAAGAGCUGCCCCCGGCCUGCCUCGGUCUGUUCCGGCAGUGUGAACUGCCGGCCUGAGCUGUGCCUGGGCUAUGUCUACCAGCCCAUGGCAUGCCUGCCUUCUGUCUGCAUGCCCACCACCUUCCGGCCAUCCAGCUGCAUCUCCAAAACCUAUUUAUCCAGUUCCCGCUGGCCAGCCAGUGGCAUCUCCAGCACCAUGGGCCCCGGCGGCUGGUACAGUGAAGGGGCCUUCAAUGGCAAUGAGAAGGAAACCAUGCAGUUCCUGAAUGACCGCCUGGCCAGCUACCUGGCGAGGGUUCGAGAGCUGGAGCGGGAGAACGCGGAGCUGGAGAGCAGGAUCCAAGAGGCCUCUCACUCCCAGGUGCUCACCAUGACUCCUGACUACCAGUCUCAUUUCAGGACCAUUGAGGAGCUCCAGCAGAAGAUUCUGUGUACCAAGGCAGACAACUCCAGGAUGGUCGUGAACAUUGAUAACGCCAAGCUAGCUGCUGACGACUUCAGGGCCAAGUACGAGGCGGAGCUGGCCAUGCGGCAGCUGGUGGAGGCCGACAUCAACGGCCUGCGCAGGGUCCUGGAUGAUCUCACUCUGUGCAAGGCCGACCUGGAGGCCCAGGUGGAGUCCCUAAAAGAGGAACUGAUGUGCCUCAAAAAGAACCACGAGGAGGAAGUUGGUUCCCUUCGAUGCCAGCUUGGGGACCGCCUUAACAUCGAGGUGGAUGCCGCGCCCCCGGUGGACCUGACCAGGGUGCUGGAGGAGAUGCGGUGUCAGUAUGAGACCAUGGUGGAGGCCAAUCGCAGGGACGUGGAGGAAUGGUUCAAUAUGCAGAUGGAGGAGCUUAACCAGCAGGUGGCCACAAGCUCUGAGCAGCUUCAGAACUACCAGUCAGACAUCAUUGACCUGAGACGCACGGUCAACACGCUGGAGAUCGAGCUGCAGGCCCAGCACAGCCUGAGGGACUCCCUGGAAAACACGCUGACGGAGAGUGAGGCCCGCUACAGCUCCCAGCUGGCCCAGAUGCAGUGCAUGAUCACCAACGUGGAGGCCCAGCUGGCCGAGAUCCGGGCUGACCUGGAGCGGCAGAACCAGGAGUACCAGGUGCUGCUGGACGUCCGGGCCCGGCUGGAGUGUGAGAUCAACACGUACCGGAACCUGCUGGAGAGCGAGGACAGCAAGCUUCCCUGUAACCCGUGCUCCACUCCCUCCUGUAACCCCUGUGCACCCUCCCUGUGUGUGUCCCGCACCGUCUGUGUGCCACGCACCGUCUGCGUGCCUUGCUCGCCCUGCCCCCCGGGCCGCUACUGAAGUCCCUCUGCAUCAGUGGAUCCUGGAGGGCCUGGUGUUCUGUGGCCACCAAAAAGAGCAGGGGCAACCCCGGCCAGCAAGGAAUAUCCUGAGCAGGACCGUGGAUCACCUGCAACAAGCUCUGAUACUCCAGGGGACACUCCAGCCCUCACCACUUCGAAACUGCCUCUUUUUCCCGUGGGUGAACUGUUCUCUUUGGUGAUGUUUCUGGUUGUCUGUGCUGCCUCAAAGAGCGAGUGUUCUUAGUUAACUGGCAAAUAGAGCGGCACUCAAUGGCCCUGCAAACAUGUCUGUCUCUGCUUGUCACUUAUGCUGCUGCGUCCAUAAGCCAAUCCUACUCAACAGGGCUCAAGAGGAACGUGGGCAAAUUCUUUCUUUGUUUUUAUGCUGCUUCUGCUUCCACAGAGGCUUGAGAGGUGUUCACUAAAAAGGCCCGCAUGCCAUAAACCAGUUAAAACUAAUCAAUUGCUCUGGGGCCAAGUAAUAAAAGAAUAAAGGGAGGAGGGAGAUAGUUAUGCCAGAAACUUAGGCCAAAUUACUGUAAUUGAGAAUAAUAAACCCACCUCUAAAUCUCA